AUGGGGAAAUCCAACAGCAAGUUGAAGCCCGAAGUUGUGGAGGAGCUGACCAGGAAAACCUACUUUACCGAGAAGGAAGUCCAGCAGUGGUACAAGGGCUUCAUCAAAGACUGCCCCAGUGGGCAGCUGGAUGCGGCGGGCUUCCAGAAGAUCUACAAGCAGUUCUUCCCAUUCGGAGACCCCACCAAGUUUGCCACGUUUGUUUUCAAUGUCUUCGAUGAAAACAAGGACGGGCGGAUCGAGUUCUCUGAGUUCAUCCAGGCGCUGUCGGUGACCUCGCGGGGAACCCUGGACGAGAAGCUGCGGUGGGCCUUCAAGCUCUAUGACUUGGACAACGACGGCUACAUCACCAGGAGCGAGAUGCUGGACAUCGUGGACGCCAUCUACCAGAUGGUGGGGAAUACCGUGGAGCUCCCCGAGGAGGAGAACACUCCCGAGAAGAGAGUGGACCGGAUCUUUGCCAUGAUGGACAAGAACGCCGAUGGGAAGCUGACGCUGCAGGAGUUCCAGGAAGGGUCCAAGGCAGACCCCUCCAUUGUGCAGGCGCUGUCCCUCUACGACGGGCUGGUAUAGUCCAGGGCCCAGCGCUGCGAUGCCUGGGAACCACUUGCCUCCUCCCGUGCCACGAG